AUGCCCACAGUCCUUGUCGUCGGCGCUACCAGAGGGCUCGGCCUAGAGCUCGCGAAACAGUAUGCGGAACGAGGCGAUACGGUCUACGGCACAGCACGUUCAAGCAAACCACAAGAUACCCCUCCCAAGAUCAAUUGGAUUGACGGCAUUGACGUUGCAGAAGAAUCAGCAGGCUCAAAAUUAGCGAAAGCCCUAGACGGUCAGAAACUCGACACGGUGAUACUCGCAGCUGGCUACUUCGGCUUCGAAACCUUCGACGAGCUCGACUUCGAGAAGGAGUUACUCAUGUACAAGACCAGUGCUAUCGGUCCUGUAUUCGUUGUUCAGAAGUUGCACAAGGCAGGCUUGCUCUCAAAAGGCUCAAAAGUUAUCAUCAUCAGUUCCGAGUCAGGAAGCAUUACCCUGAGGCAUGAGAGCGAGGGAGGAGGCAACUACGGUCAUCAUGCAAGCAAGGCUGCUUCAAACAUGGUCGGCAAGUUGUUGAGUCUGGAUUUGAAGGAACAUGGUGUUGCGGUUGGGCUUGUUCACCCGGCUUUCAUGAGGACUGAGAUGACCAAAGGUGUUGGCUUCGACAAGUAUUGGGAUGCUGGCGGAGCGGUAACGCCUGACGUUUCGGCCAAAUCUGUCAUCGACUUUGUCGACACCUUUGACAUCUCCAAGACCGGUACAUACUGGGCACCAAGAGGUCCUGGAGACAUUGGCACCGCAGAGGAUGUAUUGGGCCCGAAGGACCAACUAUCAACACCUCUACAGCUUCCUUGGUGA